GUUCGUCCAGCUUCCUCCGCUUCCCCGUCAUAGCUCCCCACAAAGUCUGGCACACUGCCGCCACUCCGCCUCGUGAAUCAUAUACCCUUGGAACUUCGGUUCUCUUUUUUAUUUUUUGAAGGAUUAAAGAUCUUUGGAAUUGAUCUCUUGAUUUUCCUCAGACCCUCCAGAUAUACCAUCUUUACCAAUUGCAGGUUGUUUCUGCUUAUUCUCCGGGAUUGUAUACUUCCGCUUCUCCGCAAUUUCGGCUUUCCCUUGCGACAAUCGGAAGAUCUGCGUAACUCGAUUUCCGAGACGGCCAAUUGAAGAAUUUCUGUGAAAUCUUCGUGAACAAAAGUGCACAUUCUCUGCAUAUAUAUCAACACAAAUUGAAAACAAUGUCCGCCAAAACUGCCAAUCAGCGCACAUCGCCCGCGGUCAACUUGAUCGCUGGUGGUGGUGCCGGUAUGAUGGAGGCCCUCGUGUGCCAUCCGCUAGACACAAUCAAGGUCCGCAUGCAGCUUUCAAGGAGAGCCACAGCACCUGGGGCUAAGCCACGCGGGUUCGUGGCCACCGGUGCUCAAAUCGUGCAAAGGGAGACCGCUCUGGGUCUGUACAAGGGUCUUGGUGCCGUGCUGGGUGGUAUCAUCCCGAAGAUGGCCAUUCGAUUCACCUCAUACGAGUCAUAUAAGGGCAUGCUGGCCGAUAAGCAGACAGGCGCCGUGACUAGCAAAGCCACUUUCCUGGCUGGUCUCGCUGCCGGUGUUACCGAAGCCGUAGCCAUCGUCAACCCCAUGGAAGUCAUCAAAAUUCGUCUGCAGGCUCAGCACCACAGUCUGGCUGACCCCCUGGAUACCCCGAAGUACCGCAGCGCCCCACACGCGCUUUUCACCGUGAUCAAGGAAGAAGGCUUCAGCGUCCUGUACCGCGGUGUCUCUCUGACAGCCCUCCGACAAGGAACCAACCAGGCCGCCAACUUCACCGCAUACACGGAACUGAAGGCUGCCCUGCAGCGUUGGCAACCCGACUACAGCAACAGCCAGCUGCCCGCUUACCAGACCACCAUGAUUGGUCUGAUCUCCGGUGCUGUCGGCCCCUUCUCGAACGCUCCCAUCGACACCAUCAAGACCCGCCUCCAGAAGACCCGUGCUGAGCCCGGUCAAUCCGCUGUCUCCCGUAUCAUGGUGAUUGCCAAGGAUAUGUUCAAGACGGAGGGUACUCGCGCUUUCUACAAGGGUAUCACCCCCCGUGUGAUGCGUGUUGCUCCUGGCCAGGCUGUCACUUUCACCGUGUAUGAGUUCCUCAAGGGUAAACUGGAGGGCUCUAACUGGGCUUUCGUUGGUGGCAAGUUCGAGGAGUAAAUGUGCCAAAAUUUCUUGUUUUUUUGGAAGCAUUGUGAUACCUGAUCUGGCAUGGUGGGAGUUGCAUUCCCUCUGUUUCGCGCAUUGGACUGUCUCGGACAGAGCUAUUCAAUUGCAAGCCGGUUGAAACGGCUCUUUUUUUUGUAAAUAUUUUGUGCUUUGCGUUAGUUCUUUUCUAUACCACUUUGUCUGGUGCGCUUUGUCUGGUGCAUCUUGAGCUGAAAUAGAGAAUGUUCAAAAAACUCUUGAAGACUCGUUCGCUAGUGUAGUAGUUGGAUGUUUAGGGUCUGUCCGUCAAUGACCCGGUGGUUGUAGAUACACCAAGUCAGCGAUGCUUGUGUAAUGAUCACACAAGAACAUAUUCCUACCGAGUUAGGAUAAUGAUGAAUUGUUUCUUUUUCUGUGAUA